CGUGUGGAACUGCUCGACAAUGUGGACUCAAGUUCUGAAGGGAUGAGGAUGAAAUUCUACAAGUUGUUGAGCUACUAGCUAAAUGAAGAUAGGCUUUUUUUUGCUUUGGAUAACGACGGUGUACGAGUCAGCUUGCGUGCACUUCGACUAUUCCACGGGGCAUGUGUUAAGUCUCACUAAUGCAGGUAUCAAAUAACUCUGCCCACCUGAAUUUAUCUCUCAUUAGCACCGAUUUCGAGUAACUCUACCCACUGCCCACUGGGGCUUAUCUCUCAUUUAGUGCUUAUAAUUUGAUUUGUUUGUCUCCCAUUGGUUUUCACUCAAGUCAUCGUCGGUUAAGCAACACUCGAGUGUCUGAAUGAAAAUAAUUAUAUCGACUAGAAACCGAGGGGGUGGAACAUCUAUUGUUAUUUUCCAGCAGUGGUCUAAACUUGGAAAUUUGAAUGGGAAAAGGGCUUGAUUUACCCCUCUACUUUGGAAAAAGGUUCAUAUUUACCCCCGUUAUACUAUCAGUCCAUUUAUACCCCUACCAUUACAAUAGUUAAAACAUUUGUCCCUAUUUUUAACCCCCUGUCCACCAUGGCCAAUGGGCUUUUAAAUAAAUGCCACGGUGGAAAUUCUAUGCCACAUAAAAGGCCAUGUCACCCAUAAACCGACCCAUUUCUCCACUAAAUAUAAAAAACCCCUCCGUUUUCUUCACCUAAAAAAACACCCACGAGCUGUGAUCCCAAGUCCCAUGGGCCGAAUCAAAGUCUUAUUCAGAUCUUCAAAAAAUUCAAGAUUUGCAAAUUCAGUUCUUGAUUGUUACUACAGAUUUGAGGAGCAAUGACAGCUAAAGGGAGACAUUCCCGAGUUGGGCCUCGAAAAUCCUCAAAUUCUACACUAAUCUUUGGUGGAUUUAUUUUGUUGUCAUUUGUGGGUCUCAUUUUUCUUGCUUUCCGAAUUAUCUCCAUUCCUAGUAGUUCAAAGGGUUCUCAGAAAGCACAUGAUCUUAGCUCUACAGCACACAACACUGUUCAAAGACAAGAUGAUGAUGACGAUGGAAAAAAAGAUCAGUGGGUUGAAGUGAUUUCUUUAGAACCAAGAGCCUAUGUUUACCAUAACUUCUUGGACACAGUGGACAGGCCUGGCCCACGACAUUGGUCACAGUGGACAAGGGUUAAAUAUAGGGAAAUUUGUUUUCUAUUUUUGGCUGCAGACGGGCUGGACACAAAGAGGUCAUGUUGGGCUUUAAGCCCAACGCCGAAUGUGGAAGAAAACGAGUCCCUCGGACUCGUAUGCGGUAGUCAUGCAUAAAAACGAAAGAAAAUGAUUAAUAUACGAUCAAUGAAUAAUGUUAAACAUAUGAAAUAUGAACUCAAAACAAAUUAACAGAUUGUAUAUUCUGUGUAUAUUUUAAAUAUACUUCAUGUAUACACAACUCAGCCACCACACAUUUACUACGUAUAAAUAAGGCGACAACCAAACACGACUGAAUCAAACCGUAUAACGUCUAUUAUGCAUUAGACGUGUGCCAAAGUUUAGACAUAUGUAAUGACUAAUAUGUGCACAGUAUUCAGGGUAUACCUGGUAUACCUGAAAGGUAUACACUGAUACGCGACCCUUAUAUAAACUUGGUGUAUACUGAGGUUCAUAUAUCAUGUAUACUUCGAGGUAUAUCGUACCACAAACAGGAAGUCAGAGAGGGAAUAUGCGAAGGUAAGUCAACAUGAGUAUUUGGAGCAUAAGUGUAACCAAUCAGGCAUCAAGGCUUGGGUUCUGAUGAUUAAAUGAGUGACCAUUUAUCAAGAAUACAUGUGAGAUUUCAAACCAAUUUGCAAUCAGUGUUUCGAAUUAAUUUUCAUGCAAUGGCAGCUAAGUGCAAGAAGGAACUAUUGCGGACUUGAACAUUCAAAGAUUUAGGCAUUAGUAGGCACACAGAAUCAACUGAAUAGAAUUGAAACUAAGAAAAAGAAAGAAGAACUGAGUUACAAUAACAAUGCAAAGUCCAUGAGAUAAAAAAGUAAAACAAGUAUAAAGUUGUAACACCCCGCAUCAUGGAACCAAGUUUAAACUCAUAUCAUUAAAGUUCUAGUGGGUUGACAGGUCUAUUUCGGGCAACGAUAACUCCUUGAUCUGUUGUGAAUCUGGAAGAACUUCCUUGUUGAAAGUUGUAGCCCUAUUAACAAGAUUUCCAACGGUAUAUUAUGGGGAUUAAAUGGAUAUAUGUGCAAAAAGUUAUGCCCCAUUGACUGAAGCCUGUUCGCUGGAAAAUCGCCUGCGUUACGGUGACGAGUUACGGACCGUAACUCGUGUUACGGACCGUAACAGUGUACCGUAACACAGACGAAAUUUCCAGAACCUCACUGGAAAUUUUCAUCAAGAUACGGUCCGUCCCUUCGUGUUACGGAUCGUACCUUGUGUUACGGACCGUAACAUCGGACCGUAACACAGGGAAAAUUUCCAGAAAGUUUCUGGAAAUUUUCAUCAGGGUACGACGCGACGUUACGGUCCGUACCCUGUGUUACGGUACCGUAACGUGGGCGCGUUUUGGUCCGCAUUUGAGAUUCGGGUCAACUGACUUCGGGAGGCCAUAACCCCAUCGUAAGUUGAGAAUUUGGGAAAACUCAAAGAAUGAAAGUUGUAGAUUAUUGAAAUAUCUUUCCAACCAUAGGUUGUGGGUUCACAGGCGACGUCGGGAUUGGGAGAUAUGGACGUUUUAAGACAGAACAGUCCCGACCCGUUUUCAAGUUGGGUCAACCCAUUUUCCCUUGGUAUUUAAAGAAAAUGAAACCCUAGAAGCCUCAUUUUUUCCCCUCAUUUCAUAUUUUAGAGAGAGGAAAAAGAGAGAGAGAAAUUUAGAGAGAAGAAGGAGAAAAUCAACCAAUUUUAAGGCCCCGAAUCCUAAAGCUCGUGAAGGAUAAAGUGUAGUACGAGUUGUGGUCGUCAUUUUAAGCUAAAGAUCGGGCUUGGGAGUGUUGAUUUCGUGGUGACUACCCAAAAGGUAAUA